AUUCAUUUUGCAAAAUCUCGCCCAUUUCUUCUCUUUUGCAGGGACAAAUCGCUGCUUCAGAUCUCGCAGCGACUGGGGAAUUCUCUUAUCUUCUUCUUCUUCCUCGUCCCUCUCCCUUUUUCCGUCAUUUCUCUCAUCUUAGAUCUGAUUCCGGCUCGUGAUUAUCUGAUCUUGGUACCGUUUUCUCGGUGUCACCAUGGCUGCCGCCAACGCUCCGAUCGCCAUGAAAGAGAUCCUAACGCUUCCGAGCAUUGGGAUCAACCAGCAAUUUAUCACGUUUACAAAUGUCACCAUGGAAUCGGAUAAGUACAUUUGUGUGAGGGAAACGGCUCCGCAGAACAGUGUAGUGAUCAUUGACAUGAAUAUGCCGAUGCAGCCCCUGAGGAGGCCUAUCACUGCAGAUUCGGCUCUUAUGAAUCCCAACUCAAGGAUCCUUGCACUGAAAGCUCAACUUCAGGGUACCACUCAGGAUCAUCUACAGAUCUUCAACAUUGAGGCAAAAACAAAAAUCAAAUCACAUCAGAUGCCGGAGCAGGUUGUCUUCUGGAAGUGGAUUACCCCAAAGAUGUUGGGUUUGGUCACACAAACGUCUGUUUAUCAUUGGUCAAUUGAGGGUGAUUCUGCCCCAGUUAAAGUGUUUGAUAGGACAGCAAACUUGGCAAACAAUCAGAUAAUAAACUAUAAAUGUGAUCCCUCAGAAAAGUGGUUAGUCUUGAUAGGCAUUGCCCCUGGUUCACCUGAGAGACCGCAACUGGUGAAAGGGAACAUGCAGCUUUUUUCUGUGGAUCAACAGCGCAGUCAAGCCCUUGAAGCACAUGCUGCAUCUUUUGCUCAAUUUAAGGUCCCAGGGAACGACAAUCCUUCUACUCUUAUUUCCUUUGCGACCAAGAGUGUUAAUGCUGGGCAGAUCACAUCUAAGCUGCAUGUGAUUGAGCUUGGUGCUCAACCAGGGAAACCAUCUUUUACCAAGAAACAAGCCGAUCUCUUUUUCCCUCCGGAUUUUCAAGACGAUUUUCCAGUGGCUAUGCAGAUUUCUCACAAAUAUGGUUUGAUAUAUGCCAUCACCAAGCUUGGGCUACUAUUUGUUUAUGAUCUAGAGACAGCUACUGCUGUGUACAGAAAUCGUAUAAGUCCAGAUCCAAUAUUCUUAACUGCUGAAGCCUCGGCAGUUGGGGGUUUCUAUGCAAUAAAUAGGAGAGGGCAAGUCCUCAUGGGUACUGUAAAUGAAGCUACUGUUGUGCCUUUUGUUAGUGGCCAGCUGAACAAUUUAGAGCUUGCUGUCAAUCUUGCGAAAAGAGGAAACCUUCCUGGAGCUGAAAAUCUGGUUGUUCAACGUUUCCAAGAGCUAUUUGCUCAAACAAAGUAUAAGGAGGCUGCUGAACUUGCUGCAGAAUCCCCACAGGGAAUACUCCGGACACCUGAUACAGUUGCUAAAUUUCAGAGUGUUCCUGUUCAAGCUGGGCAAACCCCUCCACUGCUGCAGUACUUUGGCACGCUUUUGACUAGAGGAAAGCUUAAUGCUUAUGAGUCUCUGGAGCUUUCUCGACUGGUUGUGAAUCAGAAUAAAAAGAAUCUUCUGGAGAAUUGGUUGGCAGAGGACAAGUUGGAGUGCAGUGAGGAGCUUGGAGACCUUGUGAAGACCGUGGACAAUGAUCUUGCUCUGAAAAUAUACAUCAAAGCCAGGGCGACCCCAAAAGUAGUUGCUGCCUUUGCUGAGAGGAGGGAAUUUGACAAAAUAUUAAUCUACUCGAAGCAGGUUGGGUACACUCCUGAUUAUCUCUUUCUCCUGCAAACCAUCCUUCGCACAGAUCCUCAGGGAGCGGUGAACUUUGCUUUAAUGAUGUCUCAAAUGGAGGGAGGAUGCCCAGUAGAUUAUAAUACCAUCACAGAUCUCUUCCUUCAGAGAAAUUUGAUUAGAGAAGCAACGGCAUUUUUAUUGGAUGUUUUGAAGCCGAAUCUACCUGAGCAUGCAUUUCUUCAGACAAAGGUGCUUGAGAUCAAUUUGGUAACUUUUCCGAAUGUGGCUGAUGCUAUUCUUGCGAAUGGGAUGUUCAGUCACUAUGAUCGUCCACGUAUUGCUCAGCUCUGUGAAAAAGCUGGACUUUUCAUUCAAGCUCUGAAGCAUUACACAGAGUUGCCGGACAUCAAGCGUGUUAUUGUUAAUACCCAUGCAAUUGAACCACAGGCUCUUGUGGAGUUCUUUGGUACCUUAUCUCGUGAAUGGGCUCUGGAGUGUAUGAAGGACCUUUUGCUGGUCAAUCUCAGAGGGAACCUUCAGAUAAUCGUGCAGACUUGCAAAGAAUACUGUGAGCAAUUGGGUGUGGAUUCAUGUAUUAAAAUCUUCGAGCAAUUCAAGUCAUAUGAAGGGCUGUACUUUUUCCUGGGUUCAUAUCUCAGUAUGAGUGAGGAUCCUGAGAUUCACUUUAAGUACAUUGAGGCUGCUGCGAAAACUGGCCAAAUAAAGGAAGUGGAGCGUGUGACAAGAGAGUCCAAUUUCUAUGACGCUGAAAAGACAAAGAACUUUCUGAUGGAAGCUAAACUCCCUGAUGCUCGCCCCCUUAUCAAUGUUUGUGAUCGUUUUGGGUUUGUCCCAGAUCUCACACAUUACCUGUACACAAACAACAUGCUUCGAUAUAUCGAAGGUUAUGUGCAGAAGGUAAAUCCUGGCAAUGCCCCCUUGGUGGUGGGACAACUGCUAGAUGAUGAGUGUCCAGAGGAUUUCAUCAAAGGCCUCAUUCUCUCUGUUCGUUCUUUGCUUCCAGUCGAGCCCCUCGUCGAGGAGUGUGAGAAGAGAAACCGACUUCGUCUGCUCACACAGUUCCUGGAGCAUCUAGUUAGUGAGGGAAGUCAGGAUGUACAUGUCCACAAUGCCCUUGGUAAAAUUAUCAUCGACAGCAACAACAAUCCCGAGCACUUCCUGACGACAAACCCUUAUUAUGACUCCCGAGUUGUUGGUAAGUAUUGUGAGAAACGGGAUCCUACCCUCGCAGUUGUGGCUUACCGAAGAGGACAGUGUGAUGAUGAACUCAUCAAUGUCACAAACAAGAACUCCUUGUUUAAAUUACAAGCUAGAUACGUCGUUGAAAGGAUGGAUGGUGAUCUGUGGGACAAGGUUCUUAAUCCUGAAAAUGAAUAUAGAAGACAGCUUAUUGAUCAGGUUGUGUCAACUGCAUUACCAGAAAGCAAGAGCCCAGAGCAAGUCUCUGCUGCUGUUAAAGCUUUUAUGACUGCUGAUCUACCCCAUGAGCUGAUUGAACUUCUAGAGAAGAUUGUGCUUCAGAACUCGGCUUUUAGUGGAAAUUCCAAUCUUCAAAACCUGCUCAUCUUGACAGCUAUCAAGGCAGAUCCGUCGAGAGUCAUGGAUUAUGUCAACAGAUUGGAUAACUUCGAUGGACCUGCUGUUGGGGAAGUGGCUGUUGAAGCUCAACUGUAUGAAGAAGGAUAUGCUAUUUUCAAGAAAUUUAAUUUGAAUGUUCAGGCUGUUAAUGUGUUAUUGGAUAACAUUAGAAGUAUCGAGCGGGCUGUUGAGUUUGCGUUCCGUGUUGAAGAGGAUGCAGUUUGGAGUCAGGUUGCCAAGGCUCAACUUAGAGAAGGACUUGUCAGCGAUGCGAUCGAGUCAUUCAUUCGUGCAGAUGAUGCCACACAAUUCCUCGAAGUUAUCCGUGCUGCUGAGGAUGGUGAUGUUUAUGAUGACUUGGUCAAAUACCUUCUUAUGGUUAGGCAGAGGGUGAAGGAGCCCAAGGUUGACAGUGAACUGAUAUAUGCAUAUGCGAAGAUUGACAGAUUGGGUGAGAUUGAAGAAUUCAUCCUGAUGCCGAAUGUGGCUAAUCUGCAAAGCGUCGGCGAUCGCUUAUACGACGAAGCCCUGUAUGAGGCUGCUAAGAUCAUUUAUGCGUUCAUAUCUAACUGGGCCAAGUUAGCUGUCACGCUUGUGAAGUUGCAACAGUUUCAAGGUGCUGUUGAUGCAGCACGGAAAGCUAACAGUGCAAAGACGUGGAAAGAAGUUUGCUUUGCUUGUGUCGAUGCCGAGGAAUUCCGAUUGGCACAAAUUUGUGGGCUUAACAUUAUCAUACAGGUUGAUGACUUGGAAGAAGUCAGUGAGUACUACCAGAACCGGGGAUGUUUCAAUGAAUUGAUCUCUCUCAUGGAGAGCGGUCUAGGGUUGGAACGUGCCCACAUGGGCAUAUUUACCGAGUUGGGAGUUCUUUACGCUAGAUAUCGUCCGGAGAAGCUGAUGGAGCAUAUCAAGCUGUUUUCAACCAGGCUUAACAUUCCCAAGCUUAUCCGAGCUUGUGAUGAGCAACAGCACUGGCAAGAGCUGGUCUAUUUAUACAUCCAGUACGAUGAAUUCGACAAUGCUGCGACCACUGUAAUGAAUCACUCCCCUGAAGCUUGGGAUCACAUGCAGUUCAAGGAUAUAGUCGCCAAAGUCGCAAACGUGGAGCUUUACUACAAAGCUGUACACUUCUACUUGCAAGAACACCCGGACAUCAUUAACGAUCUUCUCAAUGUCCUCGCCCUAAGAUUGGAUCACACACGUGUUGUCGACAUUAUGCGCAAGGCUGGUCAUCUUCGCCUCAUCAAGCCCUACAUGAUUGCCGUCCAGAGCAACAAUGUUUCUGCUGUGAACGAGGCUUUGAACGAGAUCUAUGUAGAGGAGGAAGACUACGAGAGGUUGCGUGAAUCGACUGAUUUGCACGACAGCUUUGACCAGAUAGGUCUUGCACAGAAGAUUGAGAAGCAUGAGCUACUCGAGAUGAGACGUGUAGCUGCUUACAUCUAUAAGAAGGCUGGCAGAUGGAAGCAGUCCAUUGCAUUGUCGAAGAAAGAUAACCUCUACAAGGACUGUAUGGAGACUGCUUCUCAAUCCGGUGACCGUGAACUGGCAGAGGAAUUACUUGUUUAUUUCAUUGAACAGGGGAAGAAGGAAUGCUUUGCAGCGUGUCUGUUUGUAUGUUAUGACUUGAUCCGGCCGGAUGUCGCUCUCGAGCUUGCCUGGAUCAAUAACAUGAUCGACUUUUCUUUCCCCUACCUCUUGCAGUUUAUCCGUGAGAUCACAGGGAAAGUCGAUGAACUCAUCAAGGACAAGAUCGAAGCUCAGAAGGAAGUUAAGGUUAAAGAGCAGGAAGAGAAAGACGUCAUUGCCCAGCAGAACAUGUAUGCACAGUUACUGCCGCUCGCUUUGCCCGCACCACCAAUGCCAGGAAUGGCUGGAGGCUUCUCUGCCGGACCGCCGCCUCCCAUGGGAGGAAUGCCCGGAAUGCCUCCUAUGCCACCCUUUGGAAUGCCUCCCAUGGGAGGAUUGCCAGGAAUGCCUCCUAUGCCACCUUUUGGAAUGCCUCCAAUGGGAAGCUAUUAACCUCUAGACCCGAUCUUUUUUCAACGCCGCCGAAUCUUCAUCGUUUUGCAUUCCUCCUGCGAUUUUUAUUUUUCAUUCGUUUUUUUUUUUGGGUUAUAUCCCCUUUCGCUACUUCUACUGGCCACGGGCCGAAUAGCGGACAGAUCAAAGAUACGUCCCAUGGGGUUCUUUUUUUGUGUUAUUCUCGCAUCGUAGGUCGUCGUCGUGUUGAUAUUAUGUUCUGUAAUAUUCAUCUGGUAGCACAGAGAGACGCAUUUCUUUAUCACGGGUUUCUGAUUUGAUCAGCUCUCUUGUCUUGUCCUGUAGGAAUUCACACUUUCGUAUCCA